GUCAGGGAACCCGAUGGCUGGGGGAGGCAGCGUCUCCUCAGCCCCCCACGGCCCUUGGUGGCCUGCGGAGCCAGCGUCCCCUCGCCACAUGCUGCGCUCCUGCCCCCACUUCGCAACUUCUCCCAGCUUUACGGUUUCUCUUGGAGGCCCGAACACACCACCAUACUGAGGAAAGUGGGCGGGACGGCCUCGCUCGCUGGCUAGGCCCGAGCCUGUUGUUCAGACGGAAAAUUCGGCCUCGCGGCGCCCCCUGGCUCCGUCCAAGCGACAGAGAACUAAUGAAACCGUUCUUCUUCCCUCACGCGCGCUGCAAGCCAAUGCAGGUCUACUCAAAAGUAAAUCCUACUGAGUUCUAUACCCAGAAAUGAACAAUGACCAUAGUUGACAAGACAUCUGAGUCCUCAAAGCCUUCGGCUUCUGAGAAGCAGCCUUUUAGCUCCGUAGCACCAGCUUCUGGAGAAAUGGACUCAGGCUCUGCUGGUUGGGGUGCUAUGUCUUCUUCUUUAGAAGCUCCGAAACACAAAAUAUCUUUGGGACCAGUGCCAGGAGCUGCAGUGUACUCUAAUUCAUCUGUACCUGAUAAAUCCAAGCCCCCAACUCAGAAAGAUCUGUCAGCUAUUGGUGAUGGCAUCGCAGCACCCCAGAAGGUCCUCUUUCCGGCGGAAAAGAUAUGCUUGAAAUGGCAAAAAACACACAGAGUUGGAGCUGGUCUCCAAAACCUUGGCAACACGUGCUUCCUCAACUCUGCUCUGCAGUGUCUGACCUACACCCCUCCCCUUGCCAACUAUAUGCUUUCCCAUGAACACUCUAAAACUUGUCACGAACAAGGAUUUUGCAUGAUGUGCACCAUGCAAAGUCACAUCACCCAGGCUCUUUCCAACUCUGGCAACGUCAUCAAGCCUAUGCCUGUCAUAAAUGAUCUUAGACGGAUAGCAAAACAUUUCCGUUUUGGCAAUCAGGAAGAUGCACAUGAAUUCCUACGAUAUACCGUUGAUGCUAUGCAGAAAGCAUGUCUGAAUGGUAGCAACAAAUUAGACAGACAUACCCAAGCAACCACAUUCAUUCAUCAAAUAUUUGGAGGAUACCUAAGAUCUAGAGUAAAAUGUAUGAACUGCAAAGGAGUUUCAGAUACUUUUGAUCCAUACCUGGAUAUUACAUUGGAGAUAAAGUCAGCUCAAAGUGUUAACAAAGCUCUGGAGCAGUUUGUCAAACCAGAGCAUCUGGAUGGUGAAAAUGCCUAUAAAUGUAGCAAGUGUAAAAAAAUGGUCCCUGCAUCAAAGAGGUUUACAGUACAUCGAGCUUCAAAUGUUCUCACCUUGUCCUUGAAACGGUUCGCAAAUUUCAGUGGUGGCAAGAUUACAAAGGAGGUGAAAUAUCCCGAGUAUUUGGAUAUUCGACCAUAUAUGUCCCAGCCAAAUGGAGAGCCAAUUAUUUAUGCAUUGUAUGCAGUUCUGGUACAUACUGGUUUCAGCUGUCACGCAGGACAUUACUACUGCUACAUAAAGGCCAGUAAUGGACAGUGGUAUCAGAUGAAUGACUCCACCGUCUCAAAUAGUGACAUCAGAACUGUACUGAAUCAACAAGCUUAUGUGCUUUUUUAUAUCAGGUCCCAUGACAUGAAAAAUGGCGGCGACCACAUUCAUUCCGUUCACACUCCUGGGCAGUCUUCUCCCCGACCUGUUAUCAGUCAGCGGGUGGUCAAUAAUAAGCAAACUGCACCAGGAUUUAUUGGACCACAACUCCCCCCGCAUAUGAUUAAGAAUUUGAAUCAUUUGAAUGGAACUGGAUCCAUGAAAGAAACUCCUAGCAGUUCUGUGGCAAUCGCUAGUAAUGUCACCCUCACCAGGCCGUCUUCUGCUCCACCUGCCAUGUCCAUCCCAAACUGGACAAUGAACAGGCCUACGACUGCUGCAACUCCCGAUCCUUCCAAAAAGCAAAAAAUAACCAUCAGUAUUCACAAUAACAAGCUGUCUGCUCGCCAAAGUGUCUCUCAUAUCAGCUGUAGCUUGGAUAACCCUAACAAGCCAGCCCCUUCCUCAACCAUUUCCAAUUCUUCUGCAGUGCAAUCUACCUCAAGCGCAUCUACAGUAUCGGCUCCUAACCAAGUCCCCAAACAAAUGCCUCCUAGCGAAUCUUGUUCCAAGUUGGUAGUGAAUGGCAAGUCCAAACUCAACCCAAGCACAUUGGUCCCUUAUGGGGCAGAGUCUUCUGAAGACUCCGAUGAGGAGUCCAAAGGACUGGUGAAAGAGAAUGGCCACACCACAGCUGUCAAUGGCAUUUUAAUGGAAAAUAAUGCAGCCAGCGCUUUGGAGAGCUCCUGUUUGUCUUGCCACAACACUGAAAAGGAGGUACCACAGCAUGAGGUGUCGAAAAACAUUACUGUUGUCGUUUCUAUUAGUCUAAAUGAUGCCCCUAAACAAAACGGACAGAUAUGCAACGAUUUCACUUGCCAAGCAAAGCCCAUUAAAUCAGCAGAAAACCCAUUUUCCAAAACAAAUGGGUUGCCUGGAAAAGGUGUGCCUACAGCUUUGCCACCAGUCCCUGAAGACAGGAUCUUAGACUCUUUCAGAUACAGUCAACUGAAAACCUCAUCAGAGGAAAUAAGUGCUAGUGGAACUGAAAAAACAGAUGGUUCUUCUGAAGAGGUACCUAGCACCCUUCCCAACAACAUCAAGACCCUCUUGGCCCCUUCAGACCCCGAAAUCACUUCUACUACAGAAGACCCCUGUGAAAGGGUUGCUGCUGAAACGGAAAACAUGCCUCUGGAAAGUGGCGGCCAACAGGAGUCUAAAUCAAUUUCUUUAGGAGCAGAAGAAUUCCCUAGGGAAGGCAACAUGGAGGACCACACUGAACAGACGAGAGGACCAAAAGAAGAGAAAGCAGCUUGGGAAGAGAGCCCGGAGCCUGCUGGAGGAGCAGCCUGGACAGCAGGAAAAGGGGUGCAAAGCCCCCUUACAAGGUCUGACAGUGAAUGUAGUUCUCCAAAGCUUGCUGCUCUAAAUGUGGCAGAAAAAUGCCUAGAAGCACAAGACAGUGUGAAAAGCUGUGAGGAUGCCCUCCCUCCUGAUGACUCUUCCAUUGCAAGGCUGGACGCCACCAGGGGAAAUGUGUGUACAAAGGACAACAACAGAUUGGGAGAGAGCAUUGAACAAUUCCAGGGAAAUACAGAAAGGCAAGAGUUGAAAUCCCAUUCUCCCCUCAAGCAGAAAGUUUGUAACUCCAAAAAAAUAGUCAAAGAGCACUACCGUUCAAAAAGGAAGCGCUCUGAAAGCGAGGAGGAGGAAGAGGCAGCUGGCCAGAGCCUGCUGGAGGGGCACUACACCAAGAAGAGGUGCUCCUACAGCAGAGAGAGAGCAAAGCAGGAGCAUUAUCGACGAGACUACUACAAUGCAAGCUAUUACAGAUUCCCAUGCAGCCCUGAUCCUGGGAGGAGCUUGAGAAAAUAUCCCCCUUACAGAUCUCGCAGCAGAGGCAAAACAGACCUUGAAAGGACCAGGCAUUGCUAUGGGAAAGGAGAACAGUCCUGGAGUAGAGAGCGGCAUUAUCAGGAUGUCCCCAGGCGGUGGGAAAGCUGCAGAUCUUACAGUUACUGUCAUUCUUCCCACAUCCCCAGGUAUAAUCAGGAUAGAAAAUUCACUAAGUGCGAGAGAGACUAUAACAAAUCAAGUCAUGUUUACAGUAGCCCAUAUAAAUAUGAUUAUUAUAAAAGCAGAUGGACUCAUAACCAGGAGAGGAAAAGGAGAUGGCAGAGCCCUGAGGGAAGGGAGAACCCCCUGGAAAAGUGGCACCCGAAGCUCUUGAAAACUGAGUCUCUCGAGGAGCAAAGAGGGCGAAAGCACAAGAAGUCGAAGAAGAAGAAGAAGUUAAAAGAUAAACACAGAGAGAGAGAUUACAGGUAUCACCAGGAUUCAGACCUGUCUAUGUCCAGCUCCGAGGCUGAGACUCACAAGCAUAAGCAUAAGAAGAAAAAGAAGAAGAAAAAGAAGCGUACAAAGAAAUCUGAAGACUAUGACGAAACUUCAGCUCCUCACCUUCCCAAGCCAACCAGCUUGGAAACCAAGAAUCUCAAAACGUGGGAAAUAACUGAAUCUUCUUUGGAGGCCUGUAGAAGGCAAGGCAGGGCUCCCGAGGACAGAGAGACGGUUUGUCAGAAAACAAAGAGCUUAGAAGGUAGCAACAGCGAGAGUUCCUGCCCAUCUACAGAUCGUAAUAUCCAGAAUGUCUGCUGGAAGCCAUCCCUCCACAGCUCGCAGUAUAUUUAUAAACUGAAAAGCUAUUAACUCUUUAAUUCAUGAUUGGUGCUUCAGAAAUACUGUACAGGAUUUUACCAUUGGGAAAAAACACCUUUUUUUUUUAGUUUUUAUCUUGAAACUUUUUUAAAAAAUUACCUGCAAUCCAAAAAAAUAAAAGGACGGAAACUUUCUACAACUGCUGAACAUCAUAAAAUAUACCCAGCAAUUGUCACAGUAAGAAUUAAUGCCCUGGAAUAGAACAUCUCAAAUGCUGCUUAGUUAGACUCAGGUUGAUUGUGUUAUUCAUGUGAUGUUGCUCCAAGUCUACACACCUGGUCCAAGGGGCAAGGAAACCACACAAUUAUCAAGCUGCAACUCAAAGUCUCUUAUUUAAUUUAAAGACUUAUUUAAAAAAUUCAGAUACAACUAGGAUUUUUGCAAGAGCUUCAUCUGUUUUCUGUGAUGUCUGCUACUAGAAACUUAACAUCAUUUUUUCCCCAUUGGAUUCCAGUCUUGGACUUUUGUGAAAUGUGCCGUUCAGACUCUUACCAGUUUUUGAAUGUAUCUCGGAACACGUCUGAAGACCCCUUGCCUGUUGUGGCCACUCCUGUGAAUAGAGCUGUCUCUGGGAUAUCGCCAGCAACCUGCCUGCUGGCCAUCGCAGGGUGCUUGAAUGGCCAGGCUUGUCUCACCUAUGAACUGUUAAGCUGCUGCAGGGAUGUCUCUGGCAGAUGGCUGCCCUCUCUGCUCUGACACCUCCCACUUCAGUCUCCCUUUCCUCCUUUGCUGUGUGCUCCACACCUUAACUGAAGGCUUCUUCUUUUGGCUGGCUCUUGGCCCCCUCUGUGGUCUUCUCCUUUCCUGUUCUGCUCUCAUUCACUCCUCCACUCCCCCCCCCAUGUUCAUCUUUUCUUCAUCUUCUCUGCCUCCUGUCCCUUUCUCUCUCCUUCCUUCUGUUUUGGCCUCCUGCAGCUGCCUAUCCUGAGCAUCUGUCCCAUGCCAUUCCAGGGCUUUUUGCCAGCACCAGUGACGUGCACCCUGCAUAAUUCCAACAAUGGCCUGAAGGAGUCAUCCUCAUCCAUCCACUAUGUUUUUUGUGGCAUUUAUUUUCUUUGAGUGUUGCUUGUCUUGACAAGGGUCUCAGUUGUCUAGUUCUUGUCCCUUCAAAAGUUUCUAGUUACAGACACAUUCAUACUGUGAUUUAAUUUUUUUUAAUGAUGAAAUGCUAUCAAACUGUGAUACACUUAAUUCACUGGUCCUGCAUCAGGAGAUGGAGUGGGGAACACUGUAUUAAAUACAGUUCAUCUGAAUAAUCUUGUCUGGUUUAUACAAGCUGUGUUGUUCAGAGAUGUCUAAAGUUUGAUCUUUGUUUUUUUAAAGAUAAAAACACUUGCCCCACUUGUAAAUACAUGGCAUGUAAAAUUUAUAUAGUAUAUAAAUACAGCA